AGAUUUUGACCACCCCGUAAAAAAAACCCAUAGAACUCUUCUCUCUCUCUCUCUCUCUCUCACACACACACACACACACACACACACAGAGCGGCGAUGGCUUUGAGGUCGAGUGCAUCCAAGCUUAUCAACUCCUCCCAAUCCCUCCUUUCCAACGCCGUGAACAGAGGAAUCCACUCAACUACUGUAAGAAGAAUGGGUGGACAUGGCCAUGAUGAGCCAUUCUAUCUUCACGCGAAGCACAUGUACAACUUAGACAGGAUGUCUAAUCAGAAGCUGAAGAUGACCCUUGGUGUUUGGUCUGCAGUCGCCAUUGGUGUUAUAGUCCCAGUUUAUGCUGUCGUCUUCCAGCAAAAGAAAACUGCUUCUGGCUAGAUCAUCUUCUUAUUUGUGUCUGCCCCCACAAUAAUGCAUCAGUUCUGGCUCUUGCUCUUGUGAAGACUAAAACCGAUUGUUCUAAAGCCUUGAAUAGCUUUCAUUUUAGCUUAGUUAUAUACAAUGGUACUUGCUUUUCUUUUUUCAACGGCGACAAUGGGCGUUAUGCCUGUUUCUUAAAUAAUAUUUUCUGAACACUCAAAACAACUCGAUUGGAGUGUUUUGUUUACCAUGUACUGGAAUUUGUACAGUUUGAUAUCUUUCUUUCCUAAUGACUUGAUGUCAUAUCUGGAUUUUAUAACACCGUCUAUGUUUUAGUUUUA